AUGGGAGAAGACUUGGAGAAAACUCCAACAACCCCUGAAGGUCCUGGAGAUGUGGAGCGAGCCUGGUCACCAAGUCCUCUGUGUGUCCGUAAGGCUUGCAGGGGUUCAGGCCUGAAGCCACUCGGGAAUGGCUGUCUCUGGAGAACCGGAGUGGCAGUGCUCAUCACCGGAGCUGGACUCAUCCUGCUCGGAGCCAUCGGAGCGUUCCACCUGUGGAAAGACAGCGGAAAACAACAGGUGAUCAGCGUCCACUACAGCGUGAGCCUUAACGGGAAACAGGCCGACGCUUCCAUGGAGAUCGACUCUGCAAACAACCUUGAGAGAAUCAGAACAGGCAGCGGAGACGGGGAGGCGGUGGAGGUCCAUGAUUUUCAGGCGGGUGUGACUGCAGUCUGGUUCUCCGGAGAAGACAAGUGUUACAUCAGGUCCCAAACUAAAGCUAAACUUCCUGAGUUGGGAACGUCGCCCAAGGACAGCGUGACGAUUCAACUGGAGGAGAUGGUGCCACUGAAAUCAGACGAAGACCCUGUGAUCUGGGUGGCGUCACAGGAACCUGUGACAGACAGGAGCUUCCUGAGCUCUCAGAUCCUGAACUUCUGCAGAGACCUUCCAGUCCACUGGCUUCACGCAACUCACCCAAAGACAGGGCGGAGGAGGAGAGACGUGAGGCGCGUGAGACGGCAGAGCGAGGCAGAAGAGUUUGAGGACGGAGCGAGGAACGUGGAGAACAUCACGGCCAGCCCAGGCCUGGAGGAGGACACGCUGGAGACGGGAUCUGCGGGAUCUGCUGGAUCUGCGUACAACCCUGAAAACCCUUACCACAGACGGCAGGACAGUGAGACAGGGACCCUGGUGUUUGACCCCAUGCUGGACCACCGUGGGAUCUGCUGUAGCGAGUGCCAGCACGGUCACACUCACUGCGAGCGGAUUUGCGAGCCGCUGGGGGGCUACUGGCCAUGGCCCUACAACUAUCGCGGCUGCCGAGUGGCCUGCAGGGUCAUACUGCCCUGCCGCUGGUGGGCCGCCCGCAUGAUGGGGCUCGUCUAG